UCCCACCCCGCACGCAAACCCGCGACGGAGAGAAUGGCGAGCGCGGGGAGCAACCACCGCCAGCGGGCGGAGCAGGCGCCGGCGGCGGGCCUGGACGACCUGAUGUCGCUCCCGCCGGAGAUGCUCAACAACAUCCUCGCCCGGCUCCCCUUCGAGGAGCUGGUCCGCACCUCCCGCCUCUCCCGCGCCUGGCGCCGCCGCUGGGAAUCCGUGCCCGGCCUCGACAUCCGGCUCGACCCGGAGUCCGCCGCCGCGCCCGGCGCCCGCGCCAUGUGGCGGUGCUCCGCGCCCGUCGCCGGCUUGACCGCCCGCGUCCGCGCGCGCCACUUCCACCGCGCCGCCCGCUGGCUCCUCGCGCUGGCGCGCAAGCGCGUCGAGAAGCUCGUCCUCAGGUUCGACAACCCCUGGGACUUCGAAUCGUCCCCCGUCGUCGGCCCCGCCCUCUUCUCCUGCGCCGCGCUCGCCGACCUCCAGCUCUACGGCUACUGCCACAUGCUGCGCGCCCCGCCGGGCUUCCAGGGCUUCCCCAACCUCGUCACCCUCGUCCUCGACAACCUGCUCCUCCCUUUCUCCGGCGCCGCGGCGCAGCUCCAGCGCAUCAUCUCCUCGGCGCCCGGCCUCACGGAGCUCUCGCUGUACGACGUGAUCGCCGGCGGGCCCGGGGCUGACUUCGAAAUCUGCGCCAUCCGGGCGCCCUGCCUCCGUGUCCUCAAGCUCUUCAUCUUCCUCGACAACGGAUGCCGGCUCGCGGAGGACCUCCCGUUGCUGGAAGAGGCGUCCAUCUCCAUCGACGUCCUCUUCGGGACCCCGGCUUUCCUCGACACUUUCCGACGGAUCUCCAAUGUCAAGAAGCUGUCCUUCCGCACCGACUCAGAGCUGGUUAAAGUAAAUCCGCUGAAAAAGAUUUCAUGGAAGUUUCAGAACUUGAGGGUUGCACACCUGACUGCAAAUUUUGGCAGUCUCCCAAGCAUCUGGUCGAUAUUUUCUUUGCUGAGAUUUGGCCCUCACGUCGAAGAACUCCAUAUUCAGGCAGACAAACCUUUCGCCGUAUUCGAAGGUCUUUUUCCUGCUGCGCUAGGUGCUGUUGACCUUGAUGACAACAUUGAUCAGGAUGUUCUUGAUGCUAAAAUAAGCGAUGACUUGUUUGCCAAUCUCAAACACAUCUCACUGGAAGAUAUGAACUGCUUACCAAAUGACAUGUGGUUCAUGAAGGUUCUGCUAUCCAAGGCAGGAUUGCUCCAAUCAUUUGUCGUCACUUUGGACUAUGGAGGAGAAACUGAAUCUUAUGAGGAAGCAUGUGCAGAGUUAGAAGCAUUCGAAAGGGCGUCUCCCCAAGCUCAGCUGGAACUAAGGCUUGCAGAAAUGCCAGACUACCUGGAGGACUUUUAAGUACUUUCAAAACUCCAAUCCUUUCAGCUGUUAACUGCUUAAACCAUGGAUGAAUAAAAGAUGUGGCUGUUGACUGUCGUCGUACAAACAGCUUGUGUUCCUUCUUGAGGUGGAUUUGCGCCAAUUUCCAUGUCUGUAGCUGGUUGUUUCUUUUUUCUUUUUGAUCUUGGGAAGCGUCUCGCGUAGUUAUGUCAGCUCUAUGAUACGGCAGAAUGUUCAUAGACAGCAUUUAUUCACUGAUGCCCGAUUGACUUGUGCUAAUGGCUUGCAACUGAAAUUCUGCUUUCUGUUGCGCGGCUGUGUCAACCAAUAGUCUAAUGUGUUGGCAUUUCUGGUGUCUGACAAAUUA